GUAAAGGGAAAUUUUACAGCGCUCUUCAUUGUAGUGAACGAGGAAGAGAAGAGAGCGAGGGACGAGAGGCUAGGUCAAGGCGCGAUAGCGAGUGCUUGCGCGAGCAAGGAGAGCGCGCGCGAGGCAGCAGGGGCAAGGAAGCGGCGGGGCUAUGGCUGGCCGCUAGCGGCGCCACGAGGAACGAGUAAGCAUUUCCAUGGAUCUAGUGCCCCGGGGGCGGCGCCCGUCGUCUUCGCGCCAUCGGCAUCGGCAUCCACAUUCCAGGGCGGAAUUCCAUGCUCCAGAUCCCGCUUGGGUCCGCCGGCAUUGGGCUUCGAUCGCAGCGCUGCCCGCGGCAAGCAAUCGGGCGUGACGAUGUAGAACAGGGUUAGAACUCCGGGUUAUUCGUGAUCACUCUUCCUCUUCCUUUCUUUUCCUCCUCCCUUCUCGAAGAUGCUACAUAGUGGUGGUUCUUGGGCAUCCUCUCAACAUGUUGCUUCGAUCUAGAAGGCCGGCCGUGUGGAUCGACUGCUACCAGCUUCUUUGGCAUUGGCAGGAGAUUGUAAACUCUUGGAGGCGCUGCUACUACUAUGCGAUUCUGCUAAUAAGCAUGGGAGCUCUUUGCUCGAAGGGGAUAGGAAUAUCAUCGAGGCGGCGCUCCUCGUCGCUGGCCAGGGAUCUCAAUGCCCGCCAGCGCUCGCGAGAACAGGUGGUUUCUUACGUUGCCGACUCCGGGGAGCUCCGGAUGGAGAGCAGCGACCUGGAAGAGGCUGACUCCUUGGAGAAGAUGAAGCUGGGCUAUAAGUUGGCGCAGGAACGGACGCUGGAGAGCACGAAUUCUUUCGAGAGGAUGAAGCUGUCGAGAGUGCUGUCCAGCAAAGCGAAGUCUGCCCGAACGAAGACGACGACGGUGGCCAAGAAGGGAGCUGCAAAGGUGUCUGAAGUGGGACUGCUUUUGGGAAGAGCUGGAACUGCAAGCCUGGGAAAAGCCGUGGAGGCGCUUGACACUGUAGGGAGUAGCCUAACGACGAUAGGCAGUGGUUUUGGAGGUGGUGUUGCUCCAAAGGGCAGCAAGAUUGGAAUUCUAGCGUUUGAAGUUGCCAACACCAUCGUUCGAGGCUUCAGCUUGAUGCACUCUUUGUCCGACGAAGACGUGAAAGUCCUCAAGGAAGAGAUACUGCCUUCGGAAGGCGUGCAAAGGCUGAUCUCCAGGGACAUGGACGAGUUGUGGAGGAUUGCAGCAGCGGAUAAAAGGAACGAUUUGAAGGUGUUUACGAGAGAGGUGGUACGUUUCGGUAACCACUGCCGUGAUCCUAGAUGGCAUCAGCUUUGCCGAAUUUUUGACAAGCUGGGAUCAGAAGUAACUAUACCCCGCCAAUCGAAAGAGAUUGCAGAAGCUGAGAUGGAACAUCUCAUGAUUAUGGCACAACAAACAGCCGAACUUUAUCACGAGUUGCAUGCUCUAGACAGGUUUCAUAAUGAUCUCAAGCGCAAGCUGCAGCAAGAGGAAGAGAUGUACAGCAAUUCUCAAAGAGGAGAGAGCAUUGCCAUGCUCAAAGGCGAUUUAAAAGCCCAGCAGAAACACGUAAAAAGUCUAAAGAAGAGAUCUUUAUGGUCAAAGAUUCUCGAGGAGGUAAUGGAGAAGCUCGUGGACGUUGUUUAUUUUCUACACCAACGGAUUCAUGACGUGUUUGGACCGGCUGACGAAGAUGCAAAGGUUUACGUCAAGGAAGGAAUAUGUAGGCUUGGUCCUUCGGGCUUGGCACUACACUAUGCCAACAUCAUCAAUCAGAUUGACAAUCUGGUGUCUCGUCCGAAUUCUGUUCCUCCCAACACAAGGGACACAUUGUACCAGGGAUUGCCACCGAGCAUUAAGGCAGCAUUAAGGAGUAGACUCCAAAUGCCUCGGAAAAACGAAGAGAUGACUAUUCCGCAAAUAAAAGCUGAGAUGGAAAAGAUUUUGGACUGGCUGGCACCUGUGGCUCUGAACACCACAAGAGCUCAUCACGGAUUUGGAUGGGUUGGCGAAUGGGCAAAUUCUGGGUCCGUUCUAGAUCGAAGACUCCCAGGACACACAGAACUGAUACGCCUCCAAACACUCCACCACGCCGAGCAAUCGACGGCGGAGUUCUACAUCCUGGAGCUCAUUGUGUGGCUCAACGUCCUGGUGAGCUGCGCAAGGAACAGCAUCAACGGACACAGGUCGCCUUUCAAGUCGCCAAACAGGUCCCCGGCGACGAAGAAAUCUGACGAGGAGGCUUCCAAAGCAGCAGAAGAAGCUAACGCAAUAGAAUCAGCAUCGAGAAAGUGUGGCCUCUCGCAGGAAGACCAGGAGAUGCUCAAGGACGUUGUCCAAGCCAAGCGGCGAACGCCAGGAAUCAGCAAGAGCCAAGAGUUCGACGCGACGAGCAGCAAGCCCAAGCUCUCCAAGAGGCUGAGCUUGAGCAACCGGCUAAGCAAGAGCAACAGCCACUCGCCUAGCGCGGCUCCCACGGCACAGUCGAGCUCUCCCAGGUACGCCAAGCGCCACCACCAGAGCGCCGCUCCUCCGCCGCUCGACCUCGACAUCGAUCGGAUCAACGAGAUCGACACUAGCAGCAGCAAGAGGAGUGGGAGCUGAAAAACUCUGGACAAAGCUCUACUGGAAAGUUUGGCGCAAGAGCAAAGUUUCCAACCGGGUUUAUAUGUGUUGUGUUUGCUAGAAACUAAAUGAAAGAACCCUAGCUCUCGAGAAGAA